AUUUCCGGCUUUAAGCUUGCACAGAUUUAUGGGCCAAGGAACUUUCUGUUUCAUAUCCACAACGCGCCGUUGCGAUUCUCCGUUCCAUGACAUAGCUUUCGAGUCUUUCUUAGUACUUUCUCUGUCUUAGUGACUUUCAAACAUUUUCAUGACGGACUGAGGAAGCAAGGUCGUAAAAUAGUCAAAGGUGCCUUCCAUUUCCGCGACAGAGGUUAGAACGUAUGGUUGUAUCAGAUUUUUGAGUGUAAGGUAAAUACUUUUAUUUUAAAUUUUUUUAGUUGAGAUUUCCUCCUUCAAAUGUUCCUCAUCUUUCCGAACUUUCUCUGAUUUCCGACAGUGAAAGACGUUCCUGCAGUUAAGUGACGACGAUUGCCAACUUUUACUUUAUUCUGGCGUGUAUUAAUUGUAUUGCCGCUUCGUGUUAGCUACAAGCUUGUUUGAACAAGUUACAGUUGUCGAAUUCACAAAAAUUCGCAAGCAAUGCCUGGCAUUUACCUUGGACAAAAUAAGUAAUUCGGGAGAGUUACAAAGGAUAUCCAAAUUAUCGAUUUGAUUCAGUGCAAGCUCUUUUGAUCGCAACACUUUCAGUUUCGUUUACGUGUCAUGCGGAGCAUGUACACAAUCCUGUUUGGCACUAGCUUUCAUAUCGAGCUUAUGUACGUAUUAACUUAAUUUGCUCCCGUAUUUACGAUGCAUUUGAUCAAAAAGCGAUAAACAUUUUCAGCGUAUUUCAUGUGUUUAUGUUUAUCAUUUUAUACUGUAGUUUGAAAGUGAUUUUUUCUUUUCGAUAGACAGCUUAGAUUGUCCUUCCAAACUGUACUGUUAUACUGAUUUCCUUGUUAAAUAUUGAGACAAGUUGAUUUUUCUUCAAAUUCAGCUACUUAUUUACUGCAAGAGUCCUUUCAAUUAACUGCAUUCGAGUUUUAGGAAUCCAAUUCAUCAACUGGUAAUGAUUGAUUAGUGUCUGAGUGAAGCUUUACCUUUUGUCAUCUGCUAAUCAACAUACGAUCAAUCAAUAAUCAUAUCAACUGAAUGAUUCCGAUCAAUUGUCUUUUUUUUAUCAAAACUGGUUUAGUUCUGCAUGAGGCUGCAUGCAUCCAAGUAUGUGUUUGUUGAUAAUUUAUGUUGUUAUAUGGCAAGGUAAUCUUGGGAUAAAUGUAAAGUUCUGAUUGGUUCUUACUUGGUCAGGAUUUUGCCACAUAGACCAUCAUUGCACCAUACAGAAAAUCAUAAAACAUGUAAAUUCAUUGUAAACUAGUUUAGUCCAAGUGACAUUGGUGCAUGACAAUUACCUUGCUCUCUUGAGGGGUACUGGGGAAUAUUGGCACCAUGUCAUUCCUAUACUGUUACAACCUUGGGCCAAUAUGCCUCUGUAAAGCCCUGGCAGUCAGCUGGUUAUAUAGAAAUUUGUAGUGGUUUUUGUAAAAGCUAUAUACACUUACGAUUUUGUGCAAAGACAAUGUAAAUAUAGAAUAACUGCAAAAACAAUUAGUUAAAUAUACAUAUACUAAUAAAGCAAAAAUGUCAGCAUCUGUACCAAAUUGAAAUCCAUUUCAACAUACAUCAGCAUGCAUAAAUGUAAAUAUUUCACUGUUUUUCCUGUGAUAAAGUGAAACAGUUGAACUAACAAUCACCUAUACAAGUAUGGGCAUCAGCUCAACUGUAGGAAAUUGAAUAAAUGAAAUACAUCUUUUAUAAGUUUUGAGCAGUAAUCCCUAUUUAAAAAUCAAAUAAGAAAAUUUUACUUUGGUGUUGUAAAAUUUGUUUCUUAUGAGAAAUGAUUCAGCAUAAACUCUCUCCUCUUGCGGAGACAUGGUGGUCUUAUGAUUGGUGAGGUGGACGCACGGUCAAGAGGUCUGCAUUUGUAGCCUGGCCUGUGCUGGACUCAGGGUCAAGAGGUCUGGGUUCCAGUCAAUGUGUUGUGUUCUUGUGCAAAACACUUUACUCUUACAGUGUCUGUCUCCACCCAGGAGUAUAAAUGGGUAGCAAAAAUUAGUUAGGGAAACCUGAUAAAAUGCAAGGGGGAUGAUGGUGGAAUGGACCUGCAUCCUGUCCAGGGUUGGCUAGUAAUACUCCCAGUUGCUUCAUGUAAGGAAACCAGGAUUAAGUAAAGCUCAGGCCCUGGACGGGCCACUUUUCAAAUCCAGAUGUGACCUAAGUACCUACCACCUCUUAGUUUAAAUGAUUUAAAUUGCUACUGUUACAAAUUAUAUAAAAAUUGAAACACACAGAUGUUAAUUUUUGCCCAAUUUAUUUCAGUCAAUUGCAUAGGAAUGUCUUUGGUAAAUCUUGAAAUUUAUUGUAAUGAGAAGUGAAUUACUGUUUAUUUAAAUAUUAAUGCUUGUUUUCUUCAGUAUAUAUAUGUUUUGUUCUUUUACUGCUUUAAAUAUGCUAUUAAUAUUAAUUGCUAGUGAUUUUGUGUCUAUGUAUCCCUCCCAUUCUCAGGAGGGAAAAAUAUUUAGUUUACAAUUGGGUAAUAUGUUGAGCUAAUUUUUUACCAUUUGCAACCAUCUUUUUUUUCAGGCCAGGAUGACUUAAAACAGCAACUUUUUGAAAGAAGCAUCCCCUUACAGUUGCUAUGGCUAAAGAAAGAAGUCCAAUUAAGGUUCCAUCUGAAAAUGAAGACUUACCUGACAAAGAAAAUGCUCCAGAUUUUGAUGAGGACACUUUACGAGGUGAGCUAGGUUCAACUUUGGCUUCAGUCAGUGUUCAAACAUUUUCUAUUCCACCAGUUUCAAGAAUGUAAGCAGAUGUGGAGAAUGAUAUUAAUACACGGCAUGACCACCUUAAAGUAUGUUUGGCCAGUCAUGACUCUCUUCUAUGAUUACAAUAUGCUGUUCAUUGACUGAGAGGAUCCAUGACAUAUUUGUUAUUUUCUUUUCUCAAAUUUCAAAGCAAGGACACAAAGUUAUAAUAAGUAAAGACUUUAUUUGAUCAUCAUAUAACAUUCAUUUUGUAAGUUUGCAUCAUAAGUACCAUCAUCAUCAUCAUCAUCAUCAUCUUUCCAUUAUAUUAUGCAACAUUAAAUUGAAAGUUUCAGCUUCCCCUAAGCAACCAAUUUCCAGUAGAGUGCAAGUGUUAUAUCAUUGAAUAUGGAGGUGUUUAACCCUUGACACCCUAACAUCAGUAUCCAUAUUCUCCAUACUAUUCUUUGUAUGUUUCUUGUGGUACUGAAAAAAAGAAUUCAUUUGAAGAUCAAUGCUUCAUAGGUUGGUGAUCAUUUCCUUUAUUCUCAUGAGCUUAGUGAAUGAUUCAGCAGUAUUACUCCAAGCUUUUCAGGGGAUGGGUCAAGUCAGGCAGGUGCAAAAGUGGCAGCUGGCACUAAAGAAAAAAUCUACAGAUUUUAAAUCUCCAGAUCUUGGCAGCUCUGCUUAUGCACUAAUUUACUACAACCACAGGUAAUUAUUAACUACAACCACAGACUUUGACACAAUUUUUUUUAUUUUUAUUUUUUCUUUGCAGCCACAGCUGAUGUUUAUAGGAAUGAGGGUAAUGAGGCCUUCAAGAAAGGAGAUUUCAUCAAUGCUAUUCAUUUUUACACCAAAGGAAUUAAAAUGAACUGCAAUGAGAAAGAACUGAAGGCCAAACUGCACAACAACAGGGCUAUUGCACAUUUUAAACUU